AUGACGCCUCAUCGCUCCGCGAAUCCUGGUAUCUUACUUAUCCCACUUAAUCAGAUGCCGCAUCAGGUCCUCACUUCUAAUCAAAGAGAGGACUGGGCUGGUGUCGUCGACCAAAAACAGCGCAAAAGAUUGCAAAAUAUGCUGAACCAGCGCGCAUAUCGUGAAAGGAGGAGGAAUCACACUGUUAACGCAGCGGUACUUAUCCCUACCGAAUCCGUUUUGGAAACAUCCAGGCAGGACGCCGAUCGGAAACGGGUCAUGUUAGAGGCUUUUUCCAAGCAGGCUCUAGAGAGUUACAACGCCGGCCAGCCGCAAGCGGAUCAACUCCUGGGGUUGCUUCAGCUGAAUUUUAUACGUAGCCUAACAAGCAAUGCAUCGUUGCUAGGGCUCAGAGUGGACUGGCUUAACUGUAACUCUCUAUCACACAUCGGGCUCAUUGGCCCGACAAACCCCUACGCAGACGAGUUUUCCUACCUCCCCGAAACUCUCAUACCUACUAGCAUCCAGUCACGUACACCCCAUCAUCCAUGGAUAGACCUCUUUCCAUUUCCAAGGAUGCGUGACAACCUUCUGAUUGCUGCAGAGGGCAUGUCUGAGGAGGAGGAGAUACGACUCUGGAAUGACAUUGUCGAGAAUAACACCACGUCUAGUGGUGAUUGGACUGGUCUAAUUGUAUGGGGAGACCCCUGGAAUCCUUGGAACUGGGAAGUUACUGAAGCCUUUACACGGAAUUGGGGAUGGCUUCUGAAAGGAUGUUCUGAAGUUAUUCAUUCAAGUAACCACUGGCGCCUUUCUCGAGGGGACGUGGCGUUGACAUUUGAUCCGAUCAACCCGGCGUAA